AUAAAGCUCAAACCCAAACAAACGUCCUCCUCGCUCCACUCAGGACGUGCUGUUACACGACCAAAGAUGUCGGCGACCAGGUACCGUCGGUUUCUGAAGCUGUGUGAGGAAUGGCCCAAAGACGAGACCAAGAAAGGCCGCGACUUGGGGACCUUUCUGCGGCAGAGAGUCGCCUCUGCCUUCCGAGAAGGUGAAAAUACUCAGAUCUCAGAUCCUGAGAAAUGUGAUCAGAUGUACGAAAGUCUGGCACAGAUUAACGGCAACAUAUACAGACAGCGGUUUCCUCGUGUGAGAGACACAAGCUUCACUGGAGUCACAGUGGAAGAGUGUAGGUUGCUUUUGUCAGGAACUAUGCAAAAUACGGACGAGGAAAAAAAGGGUCUGUGGAAGUCGCUAAUGCAGAGAUUCUCUUCUAAAUCACCAGAAGACAUCCCAGAGAAACCUGCUGAAAAAUAACUUUUUCUCCCAAUCUUCUUUUCCUAUAUGUAUAGAAAUAAAAUCUUAUUGUUAUCA